AUGUGGUGCCCACACGCGUCAGGCAUGGCGGCGCUGCUCAAGGCCGUCCACCCGGAGUGGAGGCCCGCGGCGGCCCUGGGCUUAGUCUACGAAGCUGGGUCGUACGACUACAUCAAGAUCAUGUACGCGAUGAACUACAUGACGGCGCAGAUCAAGAUCGUGGCACAGUCGUCGACCCGUGUGGACCGCGUCGGUGCAUCGCUUGAUCUUAACUACCCGUCCUUCAUCAUGUACUUUGACACGACCGGAAAUAAUACGUUCGUCAGGACCGUGACCAACGUGGGUGAUGGGCCGGCGAGGUACAGUGCCACGGUGGAGGGACUGGACGGGCUGAAGAUGAGCAUCAUGCCGAAUAGGUUGGUGUUCGGCAAGAAGCACGAGAAACAGAGAUACAUGGUCGUGAUUCAGGUGUGGGAUGAGCUAAUGCCCAAGGUAGUGCUACAUGGAUCAUUGACGUGGGUGGACGACAACGGCAAGUACACGGUGAGAAGCCCCAUCGUGGUGACAACGACGCAUGUGCUAUAG